AUGAAUAAAUUAUUGCUCAUAAUUCUAAAUUGUUGUUUGGGUAGUUUAUUUAUGGGAUUCUGUUUGGGUCAAAUGAAUGUGAUAAGUUCAGAUGUAUAUAAUGUUUAUAAAAUUGAUGAUACUUUUACAAAAGGACUAAUGCAAUGUAAAAUUAUAUCCGUUUUCAUUCAGCUUUAUUAACUAUAGGAGGAGGUGUAGGUUCUAUAUCAGCAUCAAUAUUGAUGGGAUUAUUUUCAAGAAGAAAGUGUUUAUAAAUAACUGAUCUUUUUGGAAUGAUGGCUAUAAUGAUAGCAUUCAUGGAUGAAAGCAAAUAUGCACUAUUGACUUCUCGAUUUUUUGUAGGACUUGUACUAGGACUUAAUGGAGUUCUAGUACCUGUAUAUAUAAAUGAAAUGUCUCCAAAAGAGAAGGCAGGGAUUUUAGGAACAAUGAAUCAAUUGUUUAUAACUUUAGGAAUAUUGACAACAUUUUUGAUGUCUUCAUUUUAAGAUUUUUCAUUGCCUAUCCCAUUUUAUAAGAUGAUGCUCUAUUUACCUAUUAUACCUUGUAUAAUAAGAGCUAGUGCAUUAUCAACUGUGUUUAAAUAUGAAACACCUGUAUAUUGUGCUAAACAUCAUUUAAAGUAUCAAUAAAUGUAAAACAAAGUUAGCAAUUACAUAAAGUUGUGGAAAUGAUAUACAAAGAUAAGGCAGAAAAAAUGUAUGAAUAAUUUUAAUCAUCAUAAAAAUCAACAGAAAGGAGGAUGACUAUAAAUCAAUUAUUAUCAUCAAAAUAUAGAAGUAGAUUAUUUAUUGGAAUUUCUCUUGCUUCUUUACAACAGUUAGGAGGCAUAAAUGGGAUUAUGUUUUAUUCUUCUUCAAUAUUUGAUUAAGUAUAGAAUAUGUAUGUCAUCUUAGGUGACUGGUUAAGCAUCAAAAAAAGUAUUUUAUUUAAAUCUAAUUGUUGGUUUUAUUGGAGUAUUUACAGCCUUAUUAGCAACUGUAAUAAUUGAGUAAUUUGGAAGGUAUUAUUAAUAUAACAUUAUAAAUUAGAAAACCAAUUUUAAAAUAUGGAACAUUAUGGUGUUUUAUUAGUUUAUUAAUGUUAACAUUUGUAAUGUCAAAUAGUAUAGGGAAUACAUCAUUUGGAUCAUAUUUAAUAGUUAUUUGUAUAUUCUCGUAUCUAUUUGGUUUUGGAUUCUCCUUAGGUCCAUUAUUAUUCAUAUAUUUAACUGAAAUAUUACCAGAUUUAGGAGUAAGUGUUAGUGGAUUAAUGAAUUGGAUGUCUGGAGGAUUAGUAGCUUAGAUGUUUCCAAUUAUUGCCUCAUAUGAUAUAUCCUAUUGCUUUGCUUUAUUUUCCAUAUUUAAUUUUAUAGCGUAUUAUUAUAAUUUAAAUAACAAUUUAGUUACAUGAUAAUCCAAUAAAAAGUAAUUGAAACAAAAGGAUUAGAUAAAGAAACUGUGGAUAAAUAUUUUGAAAAUCAAAAGUUUGAUUAUAUACCUUAUUAGGAGGCUUACUAAGAAGAUAGAUUUCGUUGA